AUGCCACUUAUGGGAAAGACUCCCCAUGUCGGCAUCAUUGGAGCUGGCAUAGCUGGUCUGAGAUGCGCAGACAUCCUGAUCCAAAAUGGUGUCCGGGUGACGAUCAUUGAGGCAAGGGAUAGAAUUGGCGGCAGAGUUUGUCAAAGUGAAAUCGGAGGACACCUUGUUGACCUCGGUCCUAAUUGGAUCCAUGGUACUUUGGAUAAUCCAAUUUCCAAGAUAGGCGUGUUAUCGAAUACGACGACGCAUGACUGGGACGGAAGACAGUCGAUCUUUGACACUGCUGGAAACCUCUAUGAUGAAAAGACGGCUACUAAGAUCUCUGACUUUGUGUGGACUACCCUCGAUGAGGCGUUCGAGCAUAGCAAUAGGUUCAAGGACGAGAUCCCCGCUGAUAAGAGUCUGCUAGAUUUCUUUAAAGAACGGGUUGCGCAAACCAACUUCACGCAAGCAGAAAAGGACGCAUGCAUCGAGUCCUCUAAAAUGUGGGGUUCCUAUGUAGGGGAUCCGAUAGACAGACAGAGUCUGAAAUUCUUCUGCCUCGAAGAAUGCAUCGAUGAGAAUAAUCUCUUUGUCGCAUCUACCUACAGGAAUAUCCUAAACCAUAUCUCUCGGGCAGUUCUUGGACGGGCGGAUAUCCGUCUGAAUGAGCCCGUCAUCGGGAUCGAGGCAAAUCCACGGAAACCCGGCGUGGAUCAUCAAGUCACAGUGACGACCAAGACUGGAGAUUCAUAUAGUUUCGACGAAGUCGUCGUUACGUGCCCCUUGGGCUGGUUAAAACGAAACAAAGAAGCUUUCAGUCCUGCUCUUCCAUCGCGUCUGCUGAGCGCUAUCGACAGUAUAUCGUAUGGACGGCUUGAGAAGGUAUACGUAACUUUUCCGCGGGCUUUCUGGCAUACCCAGCCCAGAGCCUCACUUCCAGAUAUGGAUUCUGGGAAAGCGAAUGGGAUGCAUGAAGUCUUCAACGGCAAGGGUCCCAGCAGCAAUCCUCCAGCAUUUGCACAAUUUCUCAACCCAACUUAUGUCGAACACCCGGAGGAUAUAAGCUGGAACCAGGAAUCCAUCUCGCUAGCUGAUUUGCCCGAUGGCUGCAAUCAUCCAACUCUACUCUUCUAUACAUAUGGGCCCUGUGCAACCCAUAUAGUGUCGCAGAUCACAGGCUUGGACCCUUCCUCGGAAAAGCUAUACCACAUCCUCAAUGAAUUCCUUCUUCCUUAUUACUCCCGCCUGCCAAAUUAUUCUGCGUCAUCUCCGGAUUGCAAGCCGUCCGCCUUCUUAGCUACGCAGUGGCAAAAUGACCCUUACGCAGGCAACGGCUCAUAUUCGAAUUUCCAGGUCGGCCUCGAACAGGGUGACAAGGAUAUCGAGACUUUCAGAGCCGGAGUUGGCGCCGAGCGUGGAGUGUGGUUUGCCGGUGAGCAUACUGCGCCCUUUGUUGACCUGGGAACAACCGCAGGUGCAUACUGGAGUGGUGAGCGUGCCGCUGGACAGAUAUGCGAUGUAUAUGGUCUGCCAAAGGCUGGUCUCGACCUAAAAAGAGACGACUCGCUGCCUUCUGCCGUUGCACUUGGUGUCGUCAAAGGGUUCCACACCGGACCUCUUACUACGCUCGUUACCAAAGAAUAG